GAGGUGGUGGGGAAAGGAGCGAGGGGUGUGCGGGGGUUUUGGUUAUGGCCGGGCAGAAGUGGUGGAGUCUGCGGGAGUGAGUGGAGGAGCGCCGCUGCUGACAAAGGGAAUGGAAGGUGGCGGUUGGAGCGCCGCGUAAUUGGAAUCUUGACCCGGCAGCUGCAGCCGCCUCGCUCACUUUGAUUUUGGGGCCGCGGCUGGCGACCUCCCCCCGUCUCCCCCUGCUUCACCUCCAAGGCAUCCGGACCGAAAAGGCGGGUAGAGGGGGGGAGGAAGAGUCCCUUGGAGCACCCACGGGGUUUACCCGUGAGUUGCCGCUGUCGCUGCAUUCAUCUCCCCACCUCUCUGUCCCUGUGUGCUCGGGGAUGAAAUGAUCUGCUCCGGCGUCUCUCUGAACCGGGCUGAGAGAGCCUGAGUCUCGGUACCAUCUCCCAUCAUUAACGCCGUAAAGCGAGAAGCGUCCCCCCGCAGGCCGGAGAAUCGGCGUGUAUUCAGCAGGAGGAUAGAGGGAAAAAAUGGGGGAACAGCCCAUCUUCAGCACACGAGCCCAUGUCUUCCAGAUUGAUCCUACCACAAAGAAGAACUGGGUUCCCACCAGCAAACAUGCGGUAACUGUGUCCUACUUCUAUGAUAAUACACGCAACGUGUACAGGAUAAUCAGCCUUGAUGGGUCAAAGGCAAUAAUCAAUAGCACAAUCACUCCAAAUAUGACAUUCACAAAAACAUCUCAAAAGUUUGGUCAGUGGCCAGACAGUCGUGCAAACACUGUCUAUGGUCUUGGCUUUUCCUCAGAGCAUCAUCUAACUAAAUUUGCAGAGAAGUUCCAAGAAUUUAAAGAUGCAGCACGGAUAGCAAAAGAGAAAAUGCAGGAAAAAAUGGAAUUAACCAGUACGCCUUCACAGGAAUCUGCAGGAGGUGACUUGCAGUCACCUCUGACACCUGAGAGUAUCAAUGGGACAGAUGAUGAAAGGUCUAUUCAAGAUGUCACCCAAGAUUCUGAUGCGCGAGCUGAAAUUAACCAGAGUUCUCUGCCUUUCACUCACAGGUAA